CAGGCGCAGGCGGCCAGGCGUCCCGCCCGCAGUCCAGGAGUCUGCGGUCGCGCCCCAGCCGCUGCCGCUCGCGCCACCGCCACCGCCACCGCUCGUCAUGGGCCCGGGUCUCCGGCUGCUGCUACGUCUCGUGCUUUGCGUGGGACUCAGCGCUCUCCUACCGUCCGCGGGAGCCUCGGGUUUCCGCAAGCGAGGCCCCUCGGUGACGGCCAAGGUCUUCUUUGAUGUGAGGAUUGGAGAUAAAGAUGUUGGCAGAAUCGUAAUUGGCCUCUUUGGAAAAGUCGUGCCCAAGACUGUGGACAAUUUUGUCGCUCUGGCAACAGGAGAGAAAGGAUAUGGAUAUAAAGGAAGCAAAUUUCAUCGCGUCAUCAAAGAUUUCAUGAUUCAAGGAGGAGACUUCACCCGAGGAGACGGCACCGGUGGUAUAAGCAUUUAUGGUGAGACAUUCCCAGAUGAGAACUUCAAACUGAAGCAUUAUGGCAUUGGGUGGGUCAGCAUGGCCAAUGCUGGGCCUGACACCAACGGCUCUCAGUUCUUUAUCACCUUGACCAAGCCCACCUGGCUGGAUGGCAAACACGUGGUAUUUGGAAAAGUCCUCGAUGGAAUGACAGUGGUCCACUCCAUAGAACUGCAGGCAACUGACGGGCAUGACCGUCCACUCACCAACUGCUCCAUCGUCAACAGCGGCAAGAUAGAUGUGAAAACGCCCUUUGUGGUAGAGGUCGCUGACUGGUGAUGCAACUGGCAGGGAACAAAGAACACAGUCUGGCAGGGGUGUGUGUGUGUGUGUGUGUGUUCAUUCUUCAAAGUUACUGUUUUGCUUUGUUUUUUAACUUUAUUCUGUUUUCCACUCCAGAUUACAGGAAGGUUAUAACAAUCAACCACUCAAAAUUUAGUUAGCAUGAAUUUUGGUCAAUCACUUGUUUAGGGACUUUGCACUUAAAAGACAUAUCCCUUUCCUCCAGUGGUGCUAUUUUUAAACUACAAAACUUUGUAUUCGGUAUCUUCUUUGGAAGAACACACACACAAUGAUUACUUUGCGGCAUGAAGUGUGAUCCCCAAAUUGAGUGAUGCUGAAGGUUUGUCUGAAAAAGAUGGAGACAAGAAGUAUAUUAUUUUGUAUCAAACAGAAAUUCUUUUCAGGUAAAGGGAGAUUUGAUUAGUAUUAUCUAUGUCACAGGGACUUUUACCUUUGAAAGGUGCUUAUUCUCUAUAUUAAAUACUUUUUAUAUAGAUCGAUUAUUUUUGAAAGACAUUUUUUUAACCUAAAGUUCUUUUUAAAAACUAAUGUACAGAAAUAUAUGCAUUUUAAUGUCACCAGUGAACAGAUUAAUAAAGGUUCUGCAAUUCAAAAUAUUAA